AUGACGAAUCGCUCUUUUCAGGUUGUUUAUGGCGUGAAUGUAACCGGCGAAAAACAUGAAAUAGUUGGUGCGAGAGUGUUAACCUUGCAUUGGUUCAUCGAAUUUCCAGCAACGCCUGAAUUAGAUGCUGCUUAUUUGGUUUUUCGAGAAGCUAUGGUUGAGUUCUGGAAGACGAAAUCCGCUGCAUCUGGUAUUAACUUCAUCCCACAUAAUGAACACGCGAUGGAUGAUGAAAUGCGUCUGAUCAUUGAAACGGCCGUGCCAUUCGCAAUCCCAGUUUCGAUUCAGUUGAUGCUCUUCGUCAUCUUUUCCAAUUAUUCAUCUGACAGAAAGAAGUACGUAACACUUUUCUUAGUUUCAUCUUGA